AUUUCCUCACUUCCUUUCCUGGGAGGUUGUGAAAGGGCAGAACAGAGAGGGAGACACAGAGUAAGAGAGACAAAGGACGCAAAGCUGAGAGGAUGAAAGCGAAUGUGAGUGUGUGAGUGACUCUGUGUGUAACAUGCUCUGUCAUGCUGGUGUGACUACCGCUGCCUCUCCAACUGGCGUCGCUGGCUGUCAGGAAAAGCAAUGUUUUCCGGAGGAAUGAGUCCCUGAACCGGUUCACCAUGUGGAUGUGGGACAGUAAUUUCCAAGCCUUUGCCGGAAGAAUCCCACGGAAAAAAGAGCAGCGGCCGGAGAGCUUAGCUGGUCCUGCUGGGUGGCCACUGCACUGCUGAGACUCUCUCGCUGAAAGACAGAGUUCACACUGGGCUUAAGUCUGCCCCUGGUUUCUGCUCCUUUUUUUAUUGUCACAUUUAUUGGGAUUUUUUAUUUCUCAUCUGGAACUCAAUAGAUUUUAUGGUGCUAUGUAGUUUGACUCUUUGUAAGCCGGCACGUUUUGCAGUGAUGCACUAGGACCAGACCAGUGAAGCUGAAAGUUCUGGAGGGGCUCUUUACUGGGAGACUGGUCUGAAUGGGCACAUCACAGCAGUGGAUUGCAGUAUGAGACACUACAUAUUGUGCUGGGGCCUGCAGAUGCUGUGGGGCAGUGUCUGUAGAUAGCUAGAUAGAUAGAGGGGCUCAAAGGGUGAAAGGUUAAGAGGUAGGGGACCAAUCCUGACAGAGCCUCGGUAUGAAGCCUGGACAAUGUCCAGGUGUUCCCACUGACAGAUCCAUGAUGCACCUCAGCCAUUUUCCUUUCAGAAGGCACUCAUGGAUAUGUUUCGAUGUGGACAAUGGCACGUCAUCAGGUCGCAGCCCCCUGGACCCCAUGGCCAGCCCGGGCUCAGGCCUCAUCCUGCAGGCCAAUUUUGUCCACAGCCAACGGAGAGAGUCGUUCCUCUACCGCUCCGACAGCGACUACGACCUCUCGCCCAAGUCUAUGUCCCGAAACUCCUCCAUUGCCAGUGACAUUCAUGGUGACGAUAUGAUUGUAACGCCAUUUGCACAGGUUCUUGCCAGCUUGAGAACUGUACGAAACAACUUUGGUGCAUUAACUAAUCUACAGCAAGACAGAGCAUCCAAUAAGAGAUCACCCAUGUGUAACCCACCACCCAUCACCAAGACCACCUUCACAGAGGAGGCCUACCAGAAACUGGCCACUGAGACCCUGGAGGAGCUGGACUGGUGUCUGGACCAGCUGGAGACGCUGCAGACGAGACACUCGGUCAGCGAGAUGGCCUCUAACAAGUUCAAGAGGAUGUUGAACAGGGAACUGACUCACCUAUCAGAGAUGAGCCGCUCUGGGAACCAGGUGUCUGAGUUCAUCUCCAGCACCUUCCUGGACAAGCAGCAUGAAGUGGAGAUGCCAUCCCCUCAGACGCAGAAGGAGAAGGAGAAGAAGAACAAGCCCAUGUCUCAGAUCAGCGGGGUGAAAAAGCUGCAACACUCCUCCAGCCUCACAAACUCUAAUAUCCCUCGCUUCGGAGUCAAGACUGAAACCGAGGAUGAACUCGCUAAGGAGCUGGAGCAUGUGAAUAAAUGGGGCCUUAACGUUUUUAAAAUCUCAGAGUUCUCUGGGAAUCGGCCACUGACAGUCAUGAUGUACACGAUAUUCCAGGAGAGAGACUUGUUAAAAACGUUUAAAAUUCCACUUGACACCUUUAUAACAUACCUGAUGACCUUAGAAGACCAUUACCAUGGCGAUGUGGCCUACCAUAACAACAUCCAUGCUGCUGACGUCACCCAGUCAACUCACGUGCUGCUAUCCACCCCCGCCCUCGAGGCCGUGUUCACAGACCUUGAGAUCCUAGCUGCCAUCUUUGCCAGUGCAAUUCACGACGUGGACCAUCCUGGUGUCUCCAACCAGUUCCUCAUCAACACCAAUUCAGAGCUAGCGCUGAUGUACAACGACUCGUCAGUGUUGGAGAACCACCAUCUAGCAGUCGGUUUCAAGCUUCUACAAGAAGAGAACUGUGACAUCUUCCAAAACUUGACCAAAAAACAAAGACAAUCACUGAGAAAGAUGGUCAUUGACAUUGUGCUAGCAACAGACAUGUCCAAGCACAUGAAUCUCCUGGCUGAUCUGAAAACUAUGGUGGAAACGAAGAAGGUGACCAGCUCUGGUGUCUUGCUGCUGGACAACUACUCUGACAGGAUACAGGUUCUGCAGAACAUGGUGCACUGUGCAGAUCUGAGCAACCCCACCAAGCCUCUCCAGCUGUACCGGCAGUGGACGGACCGCAUCAUGGAGGAGUUCUUCAGCCAGGGUGACCGGGAGAGGGAGAGGGGCAUGGAGAUCAGCCCCAUGUGUGACAAACACAACGCCUCAGUAGAAAAGAGCCAGGUUGGUUUCAUAGACUAUAUCGUUCACCCUUUGUGGGAGACGUGGGCUGACCUGGUCCACCCGGACGCCCAGGACAUCCUGGACACGUUGGAAGACAACAGGGAGUGGUACCAAAGCACCAUCCCCCAAAGCCCCUCUCCGGCCUUGGACGAGCCCGAGGAUGGCACUCGACCCCCAGGAGGGGACAAGUUCCAGUUUGAGCUCACCCUGGAGGAGGACGGGGAGUCGGACACUGAGAAAGACAGCGGCAGCCAGCCGGAGGAGGAAGACGAUGAGGAGGAGGACGACGAGGAAAACAGCUGUACUGACUCUAAAACACUCUGUACGCAGGACUCUGAAUCGACAGAGAUUCCUUUAGACGAACAGGUGGGGGAGGACGAGGAGGAGGAGGAGGAGGAGGAGGUAGCGGAAGAAGGGGAGACACCUUGCUCGCAACCAUGUGUCGUGGAGGAAGAGGUAGCAGAGGGGGAGGAGGAGCAGGAGGAGGAAGAGGAGAAAGAGGAAACCCCACAUACAUAGCAGUUUAUGGACAGCACCUGAUUAACUGUUCUUCUUAGUAAUGACAGAUGAUUAUUUAUAGAAUAUUUUUUGGGUUUUGUGGAGUCUGUCUGUGUUUUUUAUACAUCUAUGUUUAUGGUUCCAAAGCGUGCGCUGCUCUCCACCUUGGCCACUCCUCCUGUCAGCUUCGUUCAGACACGCCCACCGGUACUUCUUCAAGUUUUUUUGCACUCAGGAAAACUCCUCUCCAUUCCUGUUUUUACUGAAGUGGUGUGUCCUUAUUUCACUUUCACGCCUCCCCUUUACAAGCUUAAGUUAAGUACGUGGACGAGCAGCUCCCAGUCUGCUCAGUGCUGUUCACACGAUACAUAAUAUCACAUUUUCCUUCCCUCCGCUUCGUCUCAGCCUUGCCUGAAAGUUUCUCUGUUUUAUCAAGUGCCCAUACUCUACAGAGACGGUUAUCGGCGUGUUCAAGGAGAAUCUCCCUCUCGGUUAGGUCAUUUCCUCCCCUCUGUGAAUUAGGAGGCGUUUAAUGCUGCUCCGUUCCGCUGAAAACCUGAAGGGACGCCGCAGAGAUGAAAGCUGCAGCACACUGGGGAGCUUUUCGAGACACAUUUCUAAUGUGUGGAAGUCUUCCUUGAAAACCUGACUGAUACAAAGCUCAAAUCUAAACAGCCAUGAUGCUGUCCUAGACCUCUUUAAUUUUGUAUCAUACUGUAUGUAAGAUUCAGAUAUUUUCUAGAAUUUACUUUUGCAAUCCUAGGCUUUCUUUUGUUAGCAAAGAUUAGAGAACUUUUGGAUACCAAUGGGGAGAAAUGUGUCUCAGAUAUUCAGUGUUUUUGAAAGGGGGUAUCUUCACGGCUGGAUUACAUUAGGAGUGUUCUGAGGUGUUUGCACUUGCUCCAAUAGCAUUUAUACUACUAUUCCCAUGCCACUUUACCCAUAUUUGGUUAGUCCUGUGAGUGUGAAAUUUGAAAUUCACUCAUAAAAACCAUGAUUAUGUUGAGAGUUUUCACUGAGAAGGAAGCAGGAAAUUGAAGUCUUAUGCUUUACUCUCAUUGAAACCGUUUGUGAUGUGGAGGAAGCCUUUAAAUUUUAUUAUUAUCGUUGCCUGCAGUUCUUUUGAACACAUCUUGAGACAAUGCAAUGCUUUGUAGUUGAUACAAAAAGCACCUUUUUUUAGAAGCUUGAUUAGUGUUCAGAGUAUACAGAAACAGUAAUGGUGUUAAAAACUACUGGGGUGAUUUUAUACCAAUGUUACGAAAGCUUUUAUUGUCCUCACUUUUACUUUUCUCGCCCGUUUUGUUUGAUGUACACAUCACCGCCUGCUUGUUUUCACCCACUUCAUUUUCUUUAAGGGCCCAGUGUGUAGGAUCUAGGGGGAUACAUCGGCAGAAAUGGAAUAUAAUAUAAUAAGUACGUUUUCUUUAGUGUAUAAUUACCUAAAAACAGGGAUUGUUGUGUUUUCAUUAUCUUAGAAUGAGCCGUUUAUAUGUACAUGAGAACGGGUCCUCGUCCACAGAGUCCAUUUCUGCACACCCAUGUAUCUAGAGUAUCCCAGAACGGACAAACCAAACAGCCUUUCACGUUUUUACAUUUUUGCGUUUCCACGUCAGCCGCUGUAGUUAGCAGCACCUCUGCGACAGGCCGAACAGCAGCAGAAAAACACUUUUUUUAAUGUGAAACUGCUUUAUUCAGUGUUUUUACCAGUUUAAAUCACCAAGUCCAUUUGUUUUGGAGAAGAGGAGACCUCUGCGGACAAUUCAGCUCUCAGUAAAAACCUCCUGAACAUUUGGAUCUUAAAUUAUCAGGGAAAAAAGGUGAUCACGCAUAGCGCCUUUGUCAAGCCAAACAGUGUGGGAAAAAACACUGAUUUAUAAAUUGAAACUGCUUUAUUCAGUGUUCUUACAGAUUUUAAUCACCAGAUCCAUUUAUUUUGGAGAGGAGGGGACCUCUGCGGAUAAUUCGGCUCUUGGUAAAAACCUCCUGAACAUUUGGAUCUUAGAUUAUCAGAGAAAAAGGUGAUCACAUAUAGCGUCUGCAACAAGCCAAAUAGCAUUGAAAAAAACACUGAUUUAUAAAUUGAAACUGCUUUAUUCAGUGUUUUUACUGGUUUAAAUCACCAAGUCCAUUUGUUUUUGCGAGGAGUGGACCUCUACCAAUAAUUCGGCUAUUGUUUAAAUCCUCCUGAACAAUAAACACUUCUAACCGUGCUCAUGUUGUCACGGAAGAAAUAUGAGCACAUAUUAGCAGGUGCUAGCUAGUUACAAGCUCAGCAGCAUAGAAGAAACACUGAUUUGUAAUGUUUACGUUUUUUUUUUUACCAGCUUUUAUUACCUGGAGCUUUCAUUUUGAGGAGGAAGAGACCUCUGUGGAUAAUUCAUCUCCCAGUAAAAACUUCCUGAACAAUGAAUCUUGAUGGUAUCCUAACCGGGAGUUCAUGCUUGGCACACAGGAGAAGUUUCAGCUGGUUGCGAUCUGCAAUCCCCACCACUAGAUGGCACUAAAUCCUACACACUGCUCCUUAAAACGUUAUGAAUUUAUUUUUCAUGAAAAUAAUGUUUGCUUUCUCCCUCACAACAUCAAACCCAGUUGCUGUCUUUGUUUUUGACAAGACAAUCAGCUCCGUUGCGUAGUCAUCAGAUGAGACUAUUCUCUUCGUAGAUACUCUAAUGCACUGAUAUAUUCAUAUAUCACCACUAAAACAUUUUUACUAUGUUUAAACUCGCCAAAACACUCACUCAUGAAUACUUAGGCUUGAACAGUGCUGUCUUACACCUCGGCCAAGACUCUCUCUUCCUUUUUUCCAUGUUUCUAUCAUUUUUCACUUUACACCUGAUGCUAUUAUUUAUUGGUAUAUUUUUCUAUUUGUUGAGUCGUUUUUUGCAAUAUAAAGGUGGUACAGUAAAUAUUUAACUGUAGCAUAGACCACAGUACAGGCUUGGCAGUUACAAUACCCAAAUAUACUUUUUUUCUCCUCUCUCUGUGUACAUAAAAUAUAGAAAAUCAACAAAUGAAAAAAAAAACCACUUGAAAUACUGCACAUUGCUUUUUUAAAAAAACGAGUGCUUGUGUUAAUUAUGUGUCAUUUCAAAACUUUUUAUUUAAUCUUUCAUUUAGUGCCAACAUUUUUUCUCUCUCUCUCUCUAUUUUUCAUCCUCACCCAAUGCCCUUACCUGUAAUAAAAAUUUCUGGUUUUAUCGCUGUUUACAAACAUAUAUUUAUUGUGCUGUAUAUAAUAUAUAAUUAUUAAUGUUAUUACUAUCAUAAUGCCGUUUGUUGUAAAUGGUUGAUUCUUAUCAUCCCUUUUGGUGAUGGUGUGGCUGUAUAACGUACCUCUUGUUGAGAGAAUGUUUAUUACACAUGAGCUUCAGUGUAAAAAUGAUCCAUCGACAUGUUGCUUAUCUGAGAACUAGCUCAGUGAAGAGAGGGGGAAAGCCAAAUUGUUUUUUAAAAAGAAACUGUUCCUUGGCCCAUGGGCUGUGCCUUAAAUUCAACGCAUGUCAUUUCCUUUAGCCUUUUUGAUUUUUGUUUUAUUUUCUAGUUCUCUUUUGCUGCAUUAGUGAAUCUUUUGGCUCGGGUUGGCCUGAUCUCCUGUUGUGAAUUUGAAAAAUGUUGCCUUUUACUGUCACAGCCAAACACAAAUUGCUUUAUUAAAAAAAAAAAAAAGAAGCGGCUCUGGGUAGAAAAUAAUGUGGUCAGUGCAGAAGCUUGCAGGGAUUCAGGUCAACCACGAGUCAUAGAUGUACUACUUGAGUGAUGUGUGGCCUAUAGCCGGAUGUCCAAGAGUCGUAUUUGCUGUAGACGUGGUCGGGACAACUUGCACUUUCUCACGCCCCGCCACUACACUCAAAGAUGUGACAAAACCAGCAGAUGUAAACGAUAAUGGAGUACUUUUGCUUAACUGCAGCGUCGUCUGCAUCCAGGUGGUUGUAUCACAGCUGCAAACACUGAAUGGGGCGCAACAGGAGCGUGCGGUUGCUGCUCAACCACAGCCUACGAAGCACAGAGGCUUUGAGACACAUCUGCAUGUUCAGCCACUGCUGCAUUAAUUAUGGCUGAAACACUGACGGUGUGUUGCUUAUCUAUGCUCGGCCCACACUUCCACUCACAUUACUUGCAAUAUCCAAAACCACUGACAUCUUUCUGCCUGGACAGGAGAAGGGUUUAGUAUAUUUCUGUUGUGAAGGGCGGGUUGGGGUGGGCGGGGACAGGGGUAUCGGGUGAGUGCAUCAUUGUCCCGAAACGGGGACUCUUAUUUUGACACACAUACUGUAGAUUCUAAACAGCCCUGGACCAAUGGAAACAGUGGGUUCUUUUCUCAUUAUGUGUUCUAUUUUUUAUGGUAUGAAAGGAAAACACAAACUGUAACUUAAAAAAAGGUCUUCAGGACAAUUAUUUUUUGGGUUAUGUCUUUAGAAUGCCAACUUGUCUGGAAGUUUCACAGGACAAUUAAAAUGUUAUUUUAAUGGAUUCCUUGUUAAUUGCAGUCUAUUGGAUAGCACUGUAGAUCAUACAACUUUAUGUAAAAAACAAAUAAAAAGAAUGAAAAAAAAAGUUUUUAUAUGCAAUGGAUUAAAUAAAAGCAUGGGUUGAUUC